GUUAGAGUGGGCUAUUUUUUCUCUGUAAGGCUAUUUAAGAGCCAUUUCUUUUGUUCAAUUCAAUAAGAAAUAUUCUCCCUAUUAUUCUGUAAACACGUAUCCUUCACACUUCCUUCUCGUAGCAGCCGCCACUGAAAUUCAAAACACACCGCUGGUUAGGUGAAAAAGAAAAUGUUUUUCCAUAUAGUGCUCGAGCGAAACAUGCAACUGCACCCACGUUAUUUUGGUCGUAAUCUUCGCGAUAAUCUAGUGUCCAAGCUAAUGAAAGAUGUAGAAGGCACCUGUAGUGGUCGACAUGGAUUUGUGGUGGCGGUUACUGGGAUUGAAAAUAUUGGGAAAGGGAUAAUUCGUGAUGGGACAGGGUUUGUGACCUUUCCGGUUAAGUACCAAUGUGUUGUCUUCAGACCAUUUAAGGGAGAGAUCUUAGAAUCUGUUGUUACAAUGGUGAACAAGAUGGGUUUUUUUGCUGAAGCCGGACCAGUUCAAAUCUUCGUUUCAAACCAUUUGAUUCCAGAUGAUAUGGAGUUCCAGUCUGGAGACAUGCCAAACUACACUACAUCAGAUGGAUCAGUUAAAAUUCAGAAAGAUAGUGAAGUGAGACUAAAGAUUAUUGGGACUCGAGUGGAUGCUACUGAAAUUUUCUGCAUAGGUACCAUAAAAGAUGAUUUCUUGGGUGUGAUCAACGAUCCUGCUGCAGUUUAAGUGCACCUUUCUGUACCGUGCUAUCGAAUAGUUUGCAUGGCAUGGAUUGUAACAUCUGAAAUCUCAUAUAUCAUGUUGGUGUAACCCUGUUGCUUAAAAUUACUGACCAGUCAAGUUACUUAGUUGAUAUAACAAAUUCUCUUGGUGAUUACAAUUGGUACUGACCAGGCAACAUAGAGUUAUUAGUUGACGAAUCAAGUUCUCUAUGUGAUUACAGUUGGUGUGUUAAUAUUUUUGUUUAUGUCAACUACUGUUGUAUUGCACCCAAAAUUAAUUUCCUAUCAUCAUAUGUUGAAAUGAA